AUGGCGGGCCAAGAUAUACAGUCAUGGGAGGUCAAGGAGCCGUGGAUCAACCUUCACUGCGCCCUUGGUGAGGGACCCUACUACGAAAAGGAACACAACCGCCUGCGCUUUCUUGAUAUCAAGAAGAACAGACUGCAUACCGUGUCCCUCGACAAGGGUCCAGACUCUCUCGAGACUCUCGAGAUCGACGUCCCCAUCGGUGUGACUGCCGACAUUGAAGGCGUCGACCCUGCCGAGAAGAUCCUAGUCGGUCUCAAGUACGGCAUGGCCACGUUGGACCGCAAGACGGGAAAGUACGAGUAUCUGACCAAGUUCAAGGAUGAGGACGACAAGCGUCUGAGAGGCAACGAUGGUGCUGUCGAUCCGCAUGGUCGCUUCUGGAUCGGGACUAUGAACGACUUCUACCUGAACGGCGUGUGGCCCGAGGGUUUCCUAAUGCGCUUCGAUGGCAGCAAGUCCAAGGAGACUGUCCUUAGCGACCUGACCAUUCCCAAUUCGGUGGGCUGGUCGCCAGAUGGCAAGAUCAUGUAUUUUACGCACACCACAGCCGGCGUCAUCAUGGCUUGGGACUACUCGCUAGAGGAUGGAAGCCUAUCCAACGAGCGUAUCUUAUACAAGCACGACGGCUCCGGCGGCCCUGAUGGCUUCCGUGUCGAUGCCGAGGGCAACAUAUGGCAUGCAUUCUACGGCGAGGCCCGAGUGCUUCGCAUCUCGCCCGAAGGCAAGGUUACGGGUGUCAUCAAGAUGCCGACCAACAACAUCACGUGUGUCGAGUUUGUUGGUACUGAUUUGUACAUCACCACAGCUGGUGACGAUGACGGACCUGAGUGGAGUAAAAAAUACGACGGUGGGCUUUUCAGGAUCGAUGUUGGUGUCAAGGGCCUUGAUCCGUACAAGUUCAAGCUUGAGAAGUGA